UAAUAUUCUAUCGCAUCAAAUUUAUAUCAUAAUGAUUCAUCUUUGUAGAUGAGAUAAUUCGCCUGUAGGAAAACACCAAUACAAAUACAAGUUUUCAAUUCUAGUCCACGUGUGACGCCACAUGCAUUUGACUUAAAGCUGUGAGUAUAUAGGAUUGCAAAUAAUAUCAUAACAUUUUGGAUAAAAUGCCUGCGAUUAAAAGUAAAAAGCGUAAAGUAUCAAAAAAGACAAAAAAGGCAUGGCGAAAACAUGUUGACACAAAGGAUGUUGACAAAUUUUUGGAGGACUCGAGAUUAGAGGAGAGGUUAGGUGGUUCGUUUGCUGCACGCAAAGAUUCUGAACUGUUUGUAAUCUCUACAGAACCGGAGGUUCUUCCUAAAAAAACACGCCGAGAAUUAUUGAAAUCAAAGGAACCACGAUGUUUCAAUAUUUUGAAACCUCAUACAGCUGUACCAGAUCCAAUAACAAAAAGAAAUCGUGUAAGAACGAAAGAAGAAAGAAAAAAUGCACUGGUUCUACGAAAGGAAGCCUAUAGGAAGGCGCAAGGAAUAGUAAAAUUGAAAGACAGAAUAAGGUUGAAGAAUCAGAUGUUAGCUAUGAAGAAAAGAUUAAGCAAACCUAAAAGAGGUGAGUUUAACGUUGAUGUUUGGAAAGACAAGUUGGAGAAACAACUUGGAAUUGAUACCGAAUGGAUGUCUCCGGAUACUCUCAGGCAUACAUUGACUCAUUUUGGGAUGAAGAAAAAGAGAAUACCAACUUCUUUACGCAAAAAACCAUCUGUAUUACCAGCAAUUGAACCACCUCAUCCAGGAACUUCUUAUAAUCCUUCGUAUGAAGAUCAUCAAAAUUUGUUACAAGAAGUAGCACAGAAGGAAAUGGAAUUAAUAAAGCAAGAAGAACAUUUAGACAGAGUGACUACAAAAAUGUUUAGAAAGGUUUCACCUGAAGAAAGAGAAGAAAAUGCGCUAAAAGACAUGUUGGAAGGUUUGAAACCAGAAGAAAAUAAUGAUUCUGACAAAGAUGAUGACCCAACAGUAAAAUCUGUAAAUCCACCUGUUAGAAAUGAAAAAAAGACACGUGUUCAGAGACGUAAACAGAAAGAGCAAAAAGCACUAGCAUAUAAGAAACAGCAAGAAAAAUUAGAAAAGAAGAAAGUUUCAGAUAUAUAUAAAUUAAGAUUAUUUAACAAACAGUUAGCUUCAAAAGAAAGAAAGGAAAAAGUACAAAAGGAACGGAAAUUAAAAAAGAAAGCACUAAAGGCACUGGGUCCAAAAACUCUUAGCAAAGUUAAAUUUGAACCCUUGGAAACUGAUUUCAAACUGGCUACUGAAUUAACUGGAAAUUUACGUAAUGCUGAACCAAUAACUAAUCUUUUGCAAGAUAGAUUUAAGUCUCUUCAACAGAGAAAUAUUAUUGCUCCUGCUAAGCUUAAACUGAACCGAGAUAAGGCGAAAGUAAAACGCUAUAUUAAACCAGAUCACAAAAUCGAUAUGUCUAAAAUCAAGUUGGGAGAUAAUAAAGUAUAAGUUGAGUGUAAUUAACUCAAAGUCAUGUACAGAACAUUAAUUCUAUUACAAAAUAUGUAGUACUUACAUAUAUAUGCAUUAUGUUAAUAAAUACUAAGAAUUUUUUGCAGAAUUUAGUAUAUUACAUAUUUAUAAAAAAUAAAAUUU